UGUGACUUGGAAAAUCCGUGACUUGCCCAGCUCUGUAGCGCUGAGACAUGUUUUAAGAUGAGCGUAGCAGUUUUUUCUUCAAUUAAGACACAUCGCAGCUGUCUGUGCCGUUUGGGUUACGGUUUAUAAGCAAAUUAUAAAAAAAGUUACGGAAUUUCUUUACAGUAGCAGAGCGGCGCCGCACAGUGAGUGUUGCUGACUGGCGAGUGGUAAAAAGUUCGAAAAAUCGCAUGAAGAACUUGUAAACUUUUCCGAAUUUUGUUUGUAUACCGGUAAUUAACGAGUUGCUUCCAUCAUUUGUUUUAGAAUCCAACGAAAAUUUUUCUUAAAGCAUUAGAAAAGAAUUUACCAACAUUUGUUCAUCAUUUUAUUAAAAUUGGUUUACCAGUGCAUAAAAUAUUUUUUAAAAAUGAUGUUCCACAACAAAAUCGGUAUGAUUACUUCCUGGCAAAACUUUACAAUGAACAAAUUAUUUAUGGUGAUGGUGGGACACGUGAAAACCCUUUGGCUAAAGUUAUACAAACCGAUGAGUAUUUAAGAAAAAGGAAAAUAGAAUCAACUGCUGGUUUAAAUCAAGUACUGCGAUUAUUAGUUGGUGAUUAUAUGAAAAACCUCUAUUCGGUGCCACUAGCAGAUAAUGUUGAACCAACAACAGGUAAUAAUGCUGUCCAUGUUACAGUACCUGCCGAGCAACAUAAUGAAACACAAUUAGCUAUUGACACCAUUUAUCGUGAUUUAUUUCUAUGGACAAUCUUCAAUGAUUAUAUUGAUAUGGCUAAAGUAUUUCUGGCACAUAUGAAACAUCGUAUUUGUGGUGCUUUGAUAGCUACGAAAAUUUUGAAGUCCUAUCGACAAAUUUCACCAUAUAACGAUACAAAAGAAACAUUUCUACAAGAAGCUAAGUAUUUUGAACAAUAUGCUAUUGAUUGUCUUGCAGUAUGCCAUGAAAAUGACCCAAAAAAAGCAACUGAAUUAACAAUAAGACAAAUAGAUUUUUUUGGCGGUGUAACGUGUCUGCAAGUAGCUGUGGAUGCUGACGAUAAACGUUUUGUUGGACAAUCUUGUUGUGUGCAAGCAAUGACAAAUAUUUGGUAUGAUAAAAUGCAUCCCGAUCAGACAAAAAAACGUUCAAAACUAGCAUUACUGCUUGGUUUUCUAUCAUUGGGGUUAUUAGCACCAGCAAUGGUUCGAUUUCGUGAGAGCAAAGUAUGA